UCACUCUCUCUCUUUUCAUCAUGUCCGCUGUCAAGGCUGCUGCUAUUCACAUCGACUGGACCAAGCUGUCCACAUCGCUUGGUCUUAAGACUGAGACCGUCGCCGCCCUGGCUGCGUUCCGCAAACGCAACGAAGAAGCGCGACGUGUUCUGACCGAUCUCAGGGAGCAGAAGACUGCCGUUGACUUUGCUCAUUAUCGCAAGGUUCUCAAGAACCAAGCCGUCGUGGAUGAGCUCGAGAAGUCCUUCAAGUCCUUCAAGCCCACUUCGUACGAUGUCAAAGCUCAGAUCAAGUCUAUUGAGACCGUGGAGGCCAAGGCUCUUGAGCGCGCCAAAUCGACUGCCACCAAGGUCGAGUCUGAGCUCGCUGAUCUUCAGGCCACCCUGAAGAACAUUGAAACCUCCCGCCCCAUCGAUGAGCUCACUGCUGAUGAUGUCCUCAAGUCCCGCCCCGAGAUUGCCGAGAAGGUCGAUGCCCUGUUGGCCAGGAGCAAAUGGGAUACCAAGGGCUACAACGAAAAGUUCGGAUAUGUCACCCUCUUCUAAGCAGUGUCUGCAUGCGCUCCUCGAUAUCCACUUACUAUUCUUGAUCUACGUCCUACAAACCCAUCUGCUUUUCAAUACUCAACAAAUAACUAAAGUAAAGUCUUCGCGUUCAUAAUACACAUUGGACCUG